CUCAGUCUAUCACACGCACUGAGAAGCAUGCAGCUCUAAACAGCAGCUAAACUGUGUGUUGCAUUCACUGACCUCUCUAUUCGGUUCAACCAAAACCUGUUUUGGGUCUGGUUCUUUUAAAGGCAACAUGCGAAGAUUGCUGGACAGCAAUUGGAUAAGGUUCGGACCAGCUGGGAGAGAUGAUUGGGUGUCGGGGUCCCCAUUGCCGUCUACUUUGGAACAACCACUACAGGGUUACCACUUUAACGAGCUUUCGGCAGACAACGAUGUGAAAUCGGAGCUCCUAGUGUACGUCGUUGUGUCACUCGCCACUUUCGUCGUUUUCGGAGUCAUGUUUGUCUUUCUGUAUCGGAGAUUCAGACAGAGUAAACUCCUGACCAACAUCAUCACUUUGGACCUGCAGGACCCGGAGGGCAACGCCGACCCACAUAGCAAUUUUAUCCUCUCGUCUCUCACAGGGAACGCGGAACGGCUGAACAGCACCAGCUCGGAUGUGUCGGACGGAGUCUUCCUCAUGGUUUACCUUCCACCUCCAUACGAAGAAACCUUAACGAAAUUCACCCGAGCUGCAAGCCUCACCAGCGGCAAAGACGUGGAGUCCAUCAGGUCUGAAGAUCUCGAGGCCAAACUAUGUCCUGAGCUGAAGUCGAGUGGUCAGUACGUCUGAAGAUGGAUUUUAAGAGGUUUUUUUAAAAUAUCAGAUUGAUAACAUCAGAUGACAAUAAUCCAAGCAUUACCCAUUACUUUUAUCCAUGUGGACGCUGAUGCCAUCGUGGUGGUGGAGGGGGGCAAGUUGUCACACAAGACGUCACACAGG